UGCCCGGUUCGUGCCGAGUGCUCCGGGCCUGUCCCGCCACCCGCACCGGCACCAUGGUGAAACCGCGCUACAAGGGCCGCUGCUCCAUCAACCCCUCCCGCGCCAGCACCAACCCCGAUCGCGUCGGGGGCGAGGGAGGGAACAACAUGCGGGACCGAGCGACCAUCCGGCGCCUCAACAUGUACCGGCAAAAGGAGCGCAGGAACAAACAUGGCAAAGUGAUCAAACCUCUGCAGUAUCAGUCCACUGUGGCACCGGGCACCGUCGCAAGAGUGGAACCAAAUAUCAAAUGGUUUGGAAAUACCCGUGUGAUCAAGCAAUCAUCUCUACAGAAAUUCCAGGAGGAGAUGGAGACUGUGAUGAAGGAUCCUUACAGGGUGAUCAUGAAGCAGAAGAAGCUGCCCAUGUCCCUUUUCUAUGACCGGAUCAAACCACAUACCUCCAGGGUUCACAUUCUUGACACAGAAACAUUUGAAACAACGUUUGGCCCCAAAUCACAAAGGAAAAGACCAACUCUGUCUGCAAGUGAUGUGCAGUCUCUAGUGGAGAAUGCUGAGGCCUCGUCAGAGUCUUAUGACCAGGGCAAGGACCGAGACCUGGUGACAGAGGACACUGGUGUAAGGGAUGAAGCACAAGAGGAAAUCUUUAAGAAAGGACAGUCCAAAAGAAUCUGGGGUGAGCUCUAUAAGGUGAUUGACUCAUCAGAUGUUGUUGUUCAAGUUCUUGAUGCUCGGGAUCCCAUAGGCACUCGCUCCUCUCAUGUGGAAUCCUAUCUUAAAAAGGAGAAACACUGGAAACAUCUCAUUUUUGUCCUGAACAAAUGUGAUCUCAUUCCUACCUGGGCCACUAAACGCUGGGUUGCUGUCCUGUCCCAGGAGUAUCCAACACUUGCUUUCCAUGCCAGCCUCACAAACCCAUUCGGCAAAGGUGCUUUCAUACAGCUCCUAAGGCAGUUUGGAAAGUUACAUUCUGACAAGAAGCAGAUCAGUGUGGGAUUCAUUGGUUACCCCAACGUUGGCAAGAGCUCAGUGAUCAAUACCCUGCGGUCCAAGAAGGUCUGCAGCGUGGCCCCCAUUGCAGGGGAAACAAAGGUGUGGCAAUACAUCACCUUGAUGCGGCGGAUUUUUCUCAUCGACUGCCCUGGGGUGGUUUAUCCAUCAGGAGACUCAGAGACAGACAUUGUGCUGAAGGGAGUGGUUCAAGUUGAAAAGAUUAAGAGCCCCCAAGACCAUAUUGGUGCUGUGCUGGAAAGAGCCAAAGCAGAGUACAUCAGGAAGACAUACAAAAUUGAUUCCUGGACAGAUGUAGAAGACUUCCUUGAGAAACUUGCUGCUAGGACUGGAAAACUGCUAAAGGGUGGUGAGCCUGAUUUGCAGACUGUGAGCAAGAUGGUUCUCAAUGACUGGCAGAGGGGCAGAAUCCCUUUCUUUGUGAAGCCACCAAAUGCAGAACCAGGUCAGCCUGGUUCCCAGGUAAGAAUUGCAUAUCCUGGGCUCUGCCCAAGCUUGAUCCUUCAGGUGACACCUGAAUCCAGCCAAGAUAAUACUGAAGAGAAAGUCUCUGAGUUGGUGGUAUCAAGUGUGGAGCCAGCAGAAGAGGGGAGCAGCACAAACACUGAAAUCAGGGAGCUCAUGUCCCACGUUCGGCAGAACUUUGGCAGGAUUAAUGUGGCACCUCAAUUCUCAGAAGAAGACCUGGUUCCUGUGGAUGUGCCAGGUUUUGAUGACACAGAUUCCUCUGGAGAGGAGGAGCAGGAGGAAGAGGAAAAAGAAGAGAAUGAGCAACAUCACGAUCCGGGAGAGGAGGAAUUGCAGGUGGCUGCACCAGGUGCCCAGGAGAGCUCUAAAGCAGUUCUUAAGGCUUUGGAGGACAAGAUUGCAAAAUACAAAAAAUUUUUGGAUAAAGCCAAGGCCAAGAGAUUCUCAGCAAUAAGAAUCCCUAAGGGACUGAGUGACAAAGUGUUUGCAAAAUCCAUGCAGAAGGCUGAAGAACCCAAAGAAACUGAAGACAGAGGCAGCACAGAGAAGAAAAGAAAGAGGAAAGAAGAAGAGGAAGGUGAUGAUGAUGAAGACCAGUUGGGUAAACAGCCUUGUAAGAAACUCACAUCCAAAGAAAGGAGACGAGCUGAGAGGCAGCAGCGCUCCAAAAAAGUCGGAGUCCGGUAUUAUGAAACUCACAACGUGAAAAAUAAGAAUAAGAACAAGAAAAAAACUGGCUUGGAGGGACAAAGAUCAAAGCACAAAAAAUACAAACAUAAGCAAUAGCUGCUCAUUCUAUUAAAUUUUACA